AUUCAAAUCAAAAUGGUAUUCAUUUCAAGUUAUGAGAAAUACUUUGCGUUUGCACUUAUUUUUGAUCUAUUGUGCAAGAAUGAAUUGAUACAAGACUAUUCAUUCGAGCUAUUGCUACCUUUUACUGUAAUAGUUGUUCUUGGGGUAAUACAAGGCGCGAUAAGGCCACAUGUUUGAGUAUGAUAUGCGAUACAUUUGGUAAACUACGUCAUUCAUUCUCAGUUUUGCGGUACUUAUUUGAUGAGUUGGGUUAUAACGGUCAUAGAAGCAAUUAUUGCUGUGAUAUUAGUUAAUGCUGGUGCCUUUUACAACUUAUACCCUACAGGGCCUUAUGGUGUAGCACACAGAGAAGCCAAUUUAAAAGGAGAGACCACUCCUGAAGUAUCCAUAUUUUAUCCAAUGGAUAUGAAGCCUUACAAGACAGAUAGCUUACAGACGGAAAAGACAUCUCCACUUCUUCUAAAUGGUAUGAACGAUAUAAAGGGAAUCUGAAAGGGAUAUGAAGGAAUACCUCCUCUUUUAAUGAGAGAUUACUGACUUUUUCCUAUGAGAGCAGUGAAUAAUGCAGAAUUAGAUCCAGAUUUUGUGAAUAAGUCUAAGGCUUUGACACCUGUCAUAGUUUCACAUGAUUUGAUGCACAAUAGGACUUCCUUGUUCACAACUGUGAUGCAGAUGGUAAGCUACGGAUGUAUCGUCUACUGCAUUAACCACAGUGAUGGAACAGCUAGUUAUCAUUUGGACUCCUCUAAAGAAGGAAGCAAAGAAGUGUUCUAUGAACCAUAUGACAGAAUGAAACACAAAGUUACUAUGGACAAGUUUAGAGAUGGCCAAAUCCAACACAGAAUGAAGGAUAUCAACGCUCUCAUCAAGUUUAUUCAGGAAGAAGCUAAAGAACUUAAUAUUGACAUGUCUAAGCUAGUAGCAAUGGGAUUCGGAAUGGGCGCAAUGACAUCUAUUGAGAUGACAAAGGAGCUUGAAGAAGUCAAGGCCUGUGUUGCCAUGGAUCCAUACUACAGUGCAAGAAGUGAGAAGAUCCUUUCAGGAGAUUAUUCUAUCUCGAAGCCGUACUUUAUUCUUACUAAUGAAGAUUACCCUGGGAGUCCUUUCAUUGCUGAUUACGAGCACAAGAAGACGAAUGAUAAGUUUGUGGAGGAGUCUAACAAGUCUGGAGAUGAAGGAAACUACAAUCUAACUUUAAAGAAUACCAGCCAUGUAUGUACGGCAGAUAUCAGCUUGUAUUACUCUUCUAUCUUCAAGCUCUUCGGCUUGAUCCAUCCUAUUGUUGAUGUUUCUGACACCGUCUCUAAAAGCAGAGAUCUGAUCGUGGCUUUCCUAAGCGAACACGAUCUUACCCCAAUCAAAUCUCUUGAAAAGGUCAAGAAGAUUCUUAAGAGAAAGUAAAUUUCAACAGGAAUUUCUAAAGUU